AUGGCAUCAAUAGAAGUUGAUGAGGAGCCUAUCCAGUUGGAUCCAGUACCCGGGUUUGUUGUUAAGACAAAGAUCGUUAACUCUCGGAAUUUAACAGGCCAUCCAAUUCAUAUGAAGGUGUUUAUGAAUAUUUGUCAUGAUAAGCAAGUUCCCAAACCAUCGAAGGAUUUUGAUCCUCCAGAAGUAUUCCCUUUGAUCAUAAAUAAUGAAUGGGAGAUUCCAAUAAUUGUUUCCAAUGAGAAAGAGAAUAAGGACAAAAAAGGACAACCAUCUUUAGUAUAUGAUUGCUGCAUUAAUAGCCUUUGCUUUCAGUGGUGCCAGGUCAAUAGCGAUUUAAGAUCAAUAUUAAUAGAAUGGUGCAUAGAAGCAAUCGAGCUAUUAUAUGAGCUAACUUUGGAAAGAGAGUAUAGCAUUCCGAAGAUGUUAUCGAAGGGCGACCUUUCGCAUACUAUUAUAAGACGAGAUGAGCUUAAUGAAUCUGGGUUCCUGAAAAAAUUACAAGAAUUAAAAGAGAACGAAACUUCUGCUUUAAUCUCUGAGCUAGACAAAAACAAUGAGGACGCUGAUACUCUGGAGCUACCACCGUUGAUGAGUAUAAAUAACAAGAAGCCGCUAAUUGAAGAAAUAGAAUCUGACUACACCAACUUCAAAAGUAUGACGAGCAAGCCGCUACCAAAGGAAGUACAAUCUCAAUCUUCAAAUAAGCUAGAUUACAGUACAAUAUUUCAAAGGCUCUCUGGAAUGCAUCACUUGUUGAUCAAGUUUCAAUCGUCACAGUUGAAUGCCGGAUCAAUUGAGUUGAGCUACGACGCAAAUGCACAUAACAUAAUUAUAAGAUGUAAAGAUAAGGACCUCAUAUUCAAAGAGACAUCCAGCAACUCCCUUGAUAUACCGUUGCCCACAAAUAUUAAUGUUAACAGUCAACUGCUCAAGUGUUUUUAUGUUGAACCUGAGAAAACCUUUUAUAUAUAUAUAGGUUUAACCCACAAAAAUGCCCAAGAGUGA